AUGGUGAAGAGGAAGAUCCCAAUUACCAUAGUGGGGAACCGUGCCCUUGUAUUUGAUUUGCCAGAUAUUAAGAUCUUGCGUGAAGAGUAUCAUGUCCUCGGGGUAUUGUCAGGUACUUUACCAGUGGCCCCACAACAAUCGAUUUUUCUAAGUGUUCCCCUUCAAUUAUCAAUCGAAGAGGUAUUAUAUCUUGUGGCGAUGGGGCGUGCUUACUUGAUCCAUGAAAAGCAAGUGACACAUCAGUUUUUUGAGACUUGGACUGACGAGGAUACGGAGAAGUAUUUGAAUAAAUUAUGGGAGGGUCACAAGAAGGAUAUCAAGCAGAAGCAGCGAGAAAUUUUUGAAAAACGGCACUUUUUCUUGCAAAAGACCAAGAAAAAGCAGCAGCGAAAUAAGCAAAAAACCGAAGGUUUGCAAAGUGAUAUUGGAAAAGAAGAAGGUAUCUCAAACCAUGAUUUAUUGGCAGAAGAAUCACAAAAGGAAAUUGAGGUAGACUCUUCUAAUAUCAAUUUGAUCUUCUACAAAACUGAAGACAGUUCGCGUGGAUUGUCAAAUUAUGAUUGGCUCGUGGAGAUUAUUCAACAUUCGGAUGGUUUCCAGCGACGCAUGUUGUUUGGGUAUAUCAAGAAUCAUUUAAUUAACAAGUAUAAUGGCGUGGUUGAUGUUUCCCACCUUGAAAUUGAUAAUUUGAUCUACGAUACUAUUGACAACGCGGUUGCGGUGGGAACUGCCGGAGUUGAUUUAGAAAAGUUGCGCCAUCGUUGCGAUCGACUCAUCAGUAGUGUGAGGUUCAUUCAAUCGAUCCAUUCACGAGCAGAAACUUCUCAAUACUACGUAUUGCCGGGGUUGAAAUUCGGCUCAAAGUUUGUUGUGUAUCCUGGGGAUCCAUUACGAUACCACUCGCACCACAUUGUGAAUUUUUUCAACUGGGAUGAAGAAAUAGAUUUGAUGCGAUUUGUAAAUGGUGGGAGAUUGGCAGUGGGAGUGAAAAAAUUAUGGGUUGUCAGUGGGAUAAAGCCAAAAGAGAAGAUAAAGGAUGCUGAGAGCAGCAGCAAUAGUGCAACGGAGGAAAUUGAUGGAUUUAUCAAUGCAUUGUUUGAUGGUAAUGGAGAUAAGGAGGUUGUGAAUUUCUCUGUGGAGUGGGCAGGAUUUGGUUGA